GACACGCGCGAAGCACGUGCUAUCACUGCUCCCUAGUCGUCGAUCUCAAUCUCUCUCCUCCAAUCUACGAGGAGAGCGACCGCCCUGUAGCUCCCGGUUAAUCUCUGUUUGGCAGUCGCGUGCUCCAGCUUACCUUCUCUUUGCUCCUACCCGUGUUUUACGAGGUUGAAAAGUUGAAACCUUGCAAUGUCAGCCUUCAGAGCAUUUUUUAAUAGCCCUGUGGGUCCAAAAACAACUCAUUUUUGGGGCCCAAUUUCAAAUUUGGGUUUUGUUACUGCUGCUUUGGUAGACACUCAGAAGCCUCCCGAGAUGAUAUCGGGGAACAUGACUGCAGUUAUGUGUGUCUAUUCAGGAUUAUUCAUGAGGUUUGCGUGGAUGGUACAGCCCCGUAACUACUUGCUUCUUGCUUGUCAUGUGUCGAAUGAAUCUGUUCAGCUCUAUCAGUUAUCUCGCUGGGCAAGAGCCCAACGAUUCUUGGAGAAGAAAGAAGCUGAAGAGCAGAAAUGAGCCUCUUAGCAAGUUUACUUGUGAUUUUCAAUAAGAAAGAAAGGGAUUGUGUAAUUUAGUUUAGAAAAACAUGAAAAUUGUAGCACUAAAUGUCUGAUAUGAUCAUUCAUUUGGAUCAAUUGUGAGCAUGAUCGUUUGGAUA